AUGUCAUUUCCACAAAAUACGUCAAAUGCAAUGCUUGUUGAUUUCUUAAAACAGGUGGGACAUAUCACGGAUGACAGAGUGGAGGAAGUUAUGCUGAGUGUUGAUAGAGCUGACUUUUGUCCAAGAAAUUCGUAUCAGGAUUUUCCACAACAAAUUGGAUAUAAUGCAACUGUCAGUGCUCCCCAUAUGCAUGCACUGGCUUUGGAACUUUUGAAAGACCACUUAAAGAACGGCAACACGGCACUGGAUAUUGGUUCCGGUUCUGGUUAUUUGACAGUUUGCAUGGCACUUAUGGUCGGCAGGACAGGAAGAGUGAUUGGCAUUGAUCACAUCAAAGAACUUGUAGAUCUUUCGAUUAUUAACAUUAAUAAGCAUCAUAGCGAUCUGCUUAUAGAUGGACGGAUAACAAUGAUUACAGGCGAUGGUCGUAAUGGGUACAGAGCUGGUGCUCCAUAUACAGCAAUUCAUGUUGGUGCUGCCGCACCAAAACUUCCUGAUGCAUUAGUGGAUCAGCUUGCUCCAGGUGGUCGAAUGAUCAUUCCAGUAGGCGAAGUUUUCAGUGAUCAGCAUAUUUUUAAGAUUGACAAAGAUUUGAAUGGUAAUGUAAAAGUUGAAGAAUUAUUUGGUGUUCUAUUUGUUCCCCUAACAGAUAGAAAAUAUCAGCUUGGACGUUUAAAAUUCAGAUUGAAACAUCAAGUUGUUCUGAAGUAUUUCUCAGCUAGGACAGCGGUGGACAACGAUCUUGAAAUCCAUCAGGAACCGAAGCUUGAGUUGGUGUAUAUUAAGGAAUUGUUAACAUGA